CUAGUUGUAGUGUAGAUUCUAGAUCUAUAUUAUGAUCUCGAUCUAGAUCUAUAUAUUUUUGGAUCUAUCAUCUAGAAUCUAGAUAGUCUGUCGAAUCUAUUCUUAUACUGGACUUGGAAAAAAUCUAGUCCUGGAGAUGACCAGUUUGAAUAUAAAAAUUCGUAAUGUCUAAUGAUCUUAGAUCAUACUAGAAUUCUGUAAUAUAGAAUUAUUAGAAUAAUAGAUCAUCUUAAGAUGUAGAUCUAUAUAAUACAUCAAUUAUUUAUGUUAAAUAUCAUAAUGUAUGUCAGGGGUGGGCAAAUUGUGUACUGCUGGCUGGAUGACUGCUAAAACAUUGUAUAUGGUCCACGGGCACCUGCAAAUAUUAGGCGUUUUUCAGAGAUUUCACUGGAAAAAGCAUAGAUGAAUUGCAAAAGUGUAUGUUCUGUUGGCAAUGCAAUGGAGAGGGAUGCAGUUGAGUCUCUCUUGUCUAUAGCUCAAGGUGCUUCAAGUUCUAACUGCAUUGGAAAUCAAAGCUCGGUUGCAUCUCAAAGUAGAAAACAAAGUACACUUGAACAAAUUCUUAAAGGUGAAGAUGUUAAGAAUUCCAAUCACCAGUGUAAAACACCUCAAGCAAGUCAACAAGUAUCAGUUAUUGUUCCACAUCCAUUUUCUUCCUCCUCAGAAAAUGUUCAUAAUACUUCAAAUUGUCAAUCGACUGUAUCUUCAAAGAUAUUUUUAGGUCAUAAAAGAAGAAUCCAAGAAAUGUGGGAAGAAAUGGCACCUAAAGCAUGUGUUACUCACCAGUCUGCAGCUAAAUAUUUAAGAAACAACUUAGAUAAUGAAGCUCUUGAUCUUUCUUUGUCUGUGCAAUCAAAAACUAAUGAGUAUACAGAUUUACAAAUUGACCAAAGACCUUGCUCUCCAUCAGCUUCAAUGUUAAAUUUUGGUCACUGUAGUUGUGAAACGUGUAUUUCUGAUACUAACAGGCCGAUAACUCCCUAUUUUACAGAAGAUCUUCCUAGGUGUUUGACUCCUUUAGAUCCUGGUCCAAACAAUGACUUUGAUUCUGAUUCAGAGAUGUCUUGUUCACCCGAUGGAGAUAUAGGAGAGGAGUCAUCUCAGUCUCAUUUAGAUAGUGCUCACUUUUUUAUUCCCAGAGUUUCACUCAACUCAGAAUCUGAUGCCACUCUUAAAUCCCAGGCAAAAAUAUCCAGCUCACUAGCUCAUGGCAUACUAGAUAAAAAUGUAGACCAUGCAACUCCCUUUGACAGUGAAAAAAUAAUUGACAAAACUGAUGUUGCUCUAAAAAAAAGUAAUCCUAAUUCUCAAAUAAAAUCUUCCAUUACAUCAUGUAGAGAAGAAAAUAUUUUGACAGACUUAGCUUCAAGAAUUUCAUCACAAGAACAAGCUUGUCAGGACUAUUCUUCUAAAGCAGGAAAUCAUUUCAAUCAUGAAGAUAUACAUUCUAAACUGCAAUCAAAUUUUACAUCUACACAGAUUAUUCAGCAAAAAAAUCAAAAGCUUUUUACAAAUUCAAGAUUGCCUUUGAUUUUUUCAUCCAGACAUGGCACCUCUCCUAAGAAAAUGUCCCAAGUAAGUUCAGUUGCUAGUGCAGUUCAUUCUGUUGGAAGCAAUAACAACCUAUCUAAUUCAAGUAAACCAGUCUUUUCUGACAUUGAUCAGAAAACAUCAAAUUUGGAAAAACCAUCAUUUCAUAGUACUUCUGUUUUGCCAUCUGUAACUGCUAUUACUAAGACUUCCCCUGUAAUCAUUUUCCCAACGGCAGAUACAUCAAGAAUACCGCUUUUGAGGAUUUCCAAUCAGAAUGCAGAUAGUUCACCUCCAAUAGUUCAAGUGUUCAUUUUAAACACAGUCAACCAAAACAUUAACGCAUCAGUUACAGUACCAAAGCCUGGAGAUAAUUUCCAACCAAUCGCCCCUGCUCCCCCAUCACAAGUUCAUGUUUAUUCAAAUAGUGAUGAUAGCAAUUUAGAAGAUGUACGAAGAAAGCGAACUCAUCGUUGCAUCAUUCCAGAUUGUGGGAAGACAUAUUUUAAAAGCUCACAUUUGAAGGCACACAUAAGAACUCAUACAGGUGAGAAACCAUUUGUUUGCAGUUGGGAAGGUUGUAAGCGAAGUUUCGCUAGAUCUGAUGAGCGUUCUCGACAUCUUCGAACCCAUACUGGUGAAAAAAAAUUUGAAUGCACUACUUGUCAGCGUCGAUUCAUGCGCAGUGACCAUUUAGCAAAACAUUUGAGGAGGCACAAUACAAAGAAGUCUAUUAGCUGGUGUAAAAGUAAUAGUUCAAUCAGUAAUAGGCAGAAAACUAUUCAAGAAUCUAAAAAUUCAUAAAAAGUAUGAUGUAGAGAUAAUUAAGCUGUGAUAUUUUAAACUGUUUAUUUAAAUUCUUUCUUGUUUUCCUAUUUACAAUUCUUAAUUUAUUUUAAAACGUCUUUGUUGUAUUUCCUUUUUACCAUUUUGAAUUAGCUGAUUACAAAAUUUAGUUUUAAUCACCGGAUCAAAUACAAAAUUCCAUGACAUUGAUAGGUAUAUUUAUUUGUUUAAUUUGACCAAAUUUUUAAAGUCUGCUAAUUUAGUGUUGCAUGUCUGCUAAUUUAGUAUUUCUUCUUUUAGACUUCCUUCCCUCUUCUUCCACCCUCUUUGUAAACUGUAAAAACACCAUUUCCAUGUUCAGAUUUCUAUUUGGCAAGUAUUAUUUUGUUUUUAUUGUUUUGUCAUAAAACCUGCUAUGAAAGGAUGGAUCAUUGGUUUGCAUUUAGACUGUUACUCUUAAUUAGCAAUGGUUUAGGUAAAAUAUUAUCUUCAUGGUUCUUAACAUAUUAGAAAUAAAAGGAUGUCAUUGAAAAAGUCCAUAAUCUACAAGAUAUUGUAAUAUAAGCAUUAUUUAUGAGGUCUGUGGACUGGCUGACUUAUGUAGCAUAACUUCUCUGCCAAUGCCAACUCUAGGUUUUAUGAGAAAAUCUGAAGGAUUUGCUAAAAGGAUUCAAUCAGUGACAACAUUGGCAUAUAGAAAUAGACAAUGUUAAGAAGGUAACAUGUCAACUUUUUUUUUUAGAAAAGUAGGAUCACCCUAUGAGUCUAAGGAAGGAAGUGUGUGUCAAAAUAACUUUUUUGUUAUUUAUGAGAUUUAUAAGGAUGUCACUAAGUUUGCCCAUCUCAAAAUGGCUUAAAUUGUGUAAGAAUGGUAUGGCAUUUUAGUCAAUAUCUUCAAAAGAGCUUGUGGAUGUUUCUAGAUUAAAAAAAAAUAAUUUUUAUUUCUGUAGAAACAUUUUUAAAUUUCAUUCAUUGCCUAUUGCUGUAUUUCUUUCCAGUCAGGAAAGUCAUUUUGGACAAUUCCUUUAUUUAUUUAAUUUAUGACUGCACUUUACUCAAAAAGAGCAUUUAAAAGUUGUUCAAAAUAUUUUAUGUAUGUUAAAAUUGUUUGAUAAUUCUAAAAAUAGUGCCAUAUUAUGAUUUUUUAAAGUUUUCCAUUUUUUUGAAAUUCAUUACUUUAAAGUAAUAUUUUUAAGUGCUAUAAACAGUCAUUUUAAAUGAUAAACACUCUUGAAGAUUCUGGUGAUAAAAAAAAUGUUUUUUUUUUAAUAUCUAACUCACAUAAAAUAGACAAUAUUCUUGGUUAAGAUGAAAAGUUCAAAAUCUUACAACUCGGUUUUAAUGAAAGUUUAAAAUAAAGUGUAGUUUUUCAGUGGCUUUUACAGUUUUUUGUUUUUAUUAAUUUUCAAGCUGUCAGAAUGGUUUUUUUUUUUUUUUUUUUUGGCUACUGUUACUUAACUACAAAGGUCAUUUUAUUGAGUGCAAAUAACUGUAUGGUGCUAUGUAUUGUCUCAUUUAAUCAUUUUAUUUAUAUAUUGUGUCAUUUAACUAUAUUUAAGAAAAAAUAAUUACAAUUCUGCAUUUGAAAUCUAAAUAUUUAUUUAUUGCCUUUUUUUAUUAUUAUUCUUUAAAUAUCUGGUAGUAUAUUUUCUCUCCCUUUUCUUUCUUGUUUACAAUUAAUACUUUGGGAGGGAACUAAGAUAAUUUACAAAGAGUUGUUGCACAAGUUCUGUACUAAUGAGAAUACAUUUCAAAUGUAUUCAAAUGAGCAUAUUUUGGGUGUAAUUUUUUUUUUUU